AUGUCCGCGGCUAUGUCGACGGCAUUCAUGGUCGACAGCAUCCUGCAGGACAAGGACUCGGUGACGGGUGGUCCGGUGGUCCGUUGUGCCGAGGAUUCAAGCCCCGUUGGGGUGUUACCGCCGGGUGACGCGGGUUCGCUCGCUUCCAUUUCAGACAGCGACGACUUCGAGGAUCCCAAGGAUUCGAGCAGUCUGUGUGACUCACCCAAAGGCUUCCAUCACCAGCAGCAACAGCAGCAACAGCAGCAGCAGCAACAGCAUCAUCACCUUCACCACCCGGUGGGUGAUCACCUGCAUCAUCUGCAUCAUCAUCAUCAUCACCUGCAUCAUCAUCAUCUACUGCAGCAGCAUCACCAUCAUCAGCAUCAGCACCAUCAGUCGGGGUCGUUUUCGGACGAUGAGUUGCCGGCGGGACCGCCACCGAUGAACGGAGGCACGAUCCUGCGAAACCGUGGCCAUCCGGACGAUGGCAUGCAGCUCGAGCAGAUGGACUUUUGCUGUGCCAAGUGUGGCCACUGUCAGCAGGAGCUUAAUCCCGGCAGCGGUGGUGGUGGUGGUGGUGAUCGGGUGAGCCCUUCCGGGGUUGAGAAAAUCCGGGGCUCGGAUGGGGAGAAAAACAACAAUAACAAUAAUAACAACAACAACAAGAGCGAGGACUCGCCUGACGGGGCGGGCGAGUUCGAGUUUCGGUGUGAAAAGUGCGGAUUCGGCGAGUACGUCACACCCGGCAAGCAGACGAUCCUGAAGGAAAGCACCAAACCGGUGCUGAAGUUUAGCGUGUCCGCGAUCCUGGGCGACAAGAAGGAUUGCGUUAAAGUUAGGAAUGAAUUUAUUCAACCACAGCACCUUUGGCCUUACAUUCAGCAAAACCUGAUCCAGCAGAACCACUUAGCCAACCCGGCGUUUCUGGGCGCACACCCGCACCAUCCGCUUCACCCGCAUCAACAGCAGCAGCAUCACCACCAACACCACCAGCAGCAGCAUCCCCUAAACCACCCACACCUCCAGCAGCAACAACAGCAACCGGGGUCACAUCCGCUGUCUCCCCAGCAACAACAACAACAACAACAGCAGCAACAGCAGCAGCAUCUGGCCCAUGUGAACGGUUCCGGUGGCCAUCACCUUCAGCACAACAGCAGCAGCAACAGUACGAGCGAAUCCGGCAGCCUCCCGAACAGUCCGGACCUUCAGGAUGAUGCCCGAAUGGCGGCGGCCGCGGCAGCAGCAGCAGCAGCAGCGGCAGCAGCAGCAGCGGCGCUUCAGCCGAGAGAUAAUAAAAUCAUUGCGAAACCACUUCCGAGCCGACCGACACCAUUUCUGCACCAUAGCCUGAACCAUCCGCAUCUGCACUCGCUGCUGGCCCACUGCCGGAAUCCGUACAUUCCAGGUGGACCGCAGGUGUUUCCGUUACCACCGGGGCAAGGUUUUCCGUGGGCGCACUCGACCCGAGGAAAACCCCGCCGUGGGAUGAUGCGGCGAGCCGUCUUUUCCGACUCCCAGCGGAAGGGCCUCGAGAAGCGGUUUCAGCUGCAGAAGUACAUCAGCAAGCCGGAUCGCAAGAAGCUCGCCGAGCGGCUCGGUCUCAAGGACUCUCAGGUGAAAAUAUGGUUUCAAAACCGUCGCAUGAAGUGGCGCAACUCGAAGGAGCGCGAACUGCUCGCAAACGGAGGUUCCCGUGAUCAGACGCUCCCGAACAAGAACAAUCCCAACCCGGACCUAUCCGAUGCCCGGACCGAUCGGCAGACGUCUCUAUCGCCGCCUCCACCCGGCUCACCCACGCAAGGAUCGACUCCUCUCGAGUCGCAACCACCUCCACCCGCUCAUCCACCACCCUCAACGACACCCUCGGCGUCGGCAUCGCCAAAACCAGCUCCGCCCAUGCUGACUUUCAAGUCCAAAUUUGAGCUGCUGAAACCGUCGGCCGUCGGUGGUCCGGGAGGGGACUUUAAGUUCGACUUCGAGGACCAAAGUGGCCAGGGUGCUGUUGGUGGACCGGGUCAUCGGCCCCCGACUGCGUCCGGGGGACACUUUGCGAUGGGCGGAUUCUACGGUGGAUCCGAUCGGGACGCUUCGAUGGGAGGUUCGGUGCGAUCGAACAGUAGCGCCUCGUCAGACCCUAAUGGAGCUGUAGCUGGAGGAGCCUCGGCCAUGUACUACGAUGACUACGAAUCGGCCACGGGCGACUCGGACGACAGCGAUGAGGAGAUCAACGUCACGUGACCUGACACGAUCGAAGACGACGAGAUCGGCACGAUCGGCAUGCUGUAAAUAGGAUACGAUUUAAGGGAAAAGCGCAGUAGGGAUCGCAGCCAUUGGGGGAAAAUAGGGAGAAAAGAAAGGAAAAUUGCAUAAAAUGUACGAAAUCGCGUUGUAAAUUCAAAGAAAA